GACAUGUUUUUUUUGACAUUUCGAAGUCGUUGAAAAAAAAACAAGAUUCCGGCACCUACAUUAUUAUUUCUUUAAUUUAUUAAAAUGAAAACUCAUACAAUUAUCCUAUUUAUUGUUAUUAUUUCUUUAGUAACAAAUUAUUCACAUGCAGUAGAUCCAAUAACUUUUACUGUUGGAACGGCGGUAUUAGCUGGUUUUGGCUAUAAUUUUGAUUAUGUGAAACAAAAAACUUACUGUAGUUUUCAAGAAUGCUGUAGUGAUUACUGGAUUCCUGGCGAUAUUAAUAAGUUGAAGAACGAAUUGGAGUCACAUCUGUUUGGGCAGCAUAUUGUCUUAGAAAAGGUUAUUCCUGCUAUACGCGCACACUUUAGUAAAGAUACAGCUUCUAAAAAAGCAUUGGUACUAAGUUUUCAUGGAACUCCUGGCACGGGGAAAAACUACGUUGCGGAUUUCAUAGCCAAAUCUCUGUACUUAAAAGGUUUAGAGAGUAAGUUUGUGCAUCUUUUUAAAGGAAGGGCUGAUUUUCCGUAUCAAAGUGAAAGUGAACGAUAUUCUAAAGAAAUAAAAGAACUGGUUGAAAAAUCAGUCACCGACUGCCCAAGAUCGCUAUUUAUAUUUGACGAAGUUGAUAAAAUGCCACACGGAAUAUUCGAAUCACUUACAUCACUUGUAGAUUACUAUUCUACCUCUAGAGGACCGGACUACAGACAAGCCAUAUUUGUGUUUGUUUCAAAUACAGCGGGACUCAACAUUGCUCUUCACUUGGGAUCUCUUUUGAAGCAGGGAACAUUACGAGAAAGUACAAGAAUGAGUGAUUUUGAGAAAAUUCUUGAACUUGGAGCGUAUAAUUUGGAAGGUGGAAUGAAAAAAACAGGGCUAAUAGAAGCCCAUGUAGUGGACCAUUAUAUUCCAUUUUUACCGCUCGAAAAAGAACAUGUAUAUAAAUGUAUAGAGGCGGAAUUUCAGCGUUGGGAUAAAACACCUGAUCGUAAUGUUAUAGAAAAUAUGAUCAAUGAAUAUGUAUCAUUUGAAAAGAAGACGGGCAUAUUUGCAACAUCUGGAUGCAAGAAACUUGAUAAAAAAGUAGCUGUUGAGGCGGAAUCGAUGUUUUAAGAAAUAAAUGUUGUUUUUUUUUUACUAUUUCAGAAA